AUGUCGGAGCACUUUGAUUCUGUCCGGUCAAUGAUCAACAACCUCCGCUCGGAGGACCCGGAGGAGCGGCUGACGAGCAUGCGCGGCAUUCACCUCAUCGCCUCCACCCUGGGGCCGGGGCGCACGCGGGACGAGCUCCUGCCGUACCUCACGGACUACCUGGACGAGAACGACGAGGUGCUGCGGGUGUUUGCCAACGCCCUCGGGACGAUGCUGCAGGAGGUGGGAGGCGUAGACCACGUGCAGAGCGUCCUCUCGCCCCUUGAGGUGCUGAGCAGCCUAGAUGAAAUCACCGUGCGGGACGAGGCGGUGACGUCGCUGCAGACGAUUGGUGAGCAGAUUUUUCGAGAGCCCGGCGAGGUGGGAGCACAGGCGCAGCGCGACUUUGUCAACCUGGUGCAUCGGCUUGGCAAGGCAACCCCGCAGUGUCGCUCAAGCGCCUCCUACCUUAUCGCCACGGCGUAUCCCCAUCUCACUCCGGCCGUUAAAGGGCAACUCAUGGCCCUGUUUGUCGCCCUCUGCGAUGACGAGGAAAUUAUGGUGCGUCGCGCGGCAUGUAUUUCGCUAGGAAAGCACAUGGUGCGUGUUCUUGGAAGUCGAAGUACAGAGCUGAUUAACGCCUUCUCUGCGCUCGCAUGCGACCCGAGCGACGGCGUCCGUCUUCAGGCGGUGGAGGCCGCCGCUGCACUGCUCAAGGCCUUGCCGUACGACGCGCACGCGGGCGUUCUUUCCUCGGUAAAGUCACUGGUGAUGGAUGCGUCAUGGCGUGUGCGGUACAUGGCGGCAGACCGGCUUGGUAAACUUGCCGAGGCCAUGUCCCCGGCGGAUGUGCGGAGUAUUGUGCCAUUUUUUUCUUCCCUUGCGCAGGACACUGAGGCGGAGAUUCGGGCCUCUGCGGUUUUUAGUAUGGCUAGUGUCUUCGCCGUUUGCCGCGACCCGUCUGCAAAGCGGGAGCUCUUGACAGCCGGAUGUCGGCUUGUGAAUGACGACAAUGCCCAUGUGCGGAUGUGCCUGGCGAGUGCGGUGUUGCAGUCGGUGGGAAACGUUGCAAAAGAGCUGUGGGCCACCACAAUUGUGCCGACCUGCACCCAACUGUUAAAAGACCAGGAUGCGGAUGUGCGGUUAGCGCUGGUGUCUGGAUUUAGCUCGAUGGGAAACACACCGGAGGCGCGGGAACUGGCCCCCAAACUCGUGCCGGUUGUCGUGGCCCUGGCGAAGGACCCAAAGUGGCGGAUUCGCGAGGUCGUGAUAUCGCAGGUCCCGUUCCUCAUCACGUCGCUGGGCAGAAACGCCAACGACGUGGUGGACAUUUGCGUGCAGCACCUCGUGGACCGUGUCGCGACGAUUCGCGACGCGGCGGUGCGCUCCUGCUGUACGCUGGUGACGGAGAAUGGGACGGCCUGGUCGCGGGCCUCGCUCUUCCCGCGGCUUAGCGCGAUGACCUCCGCGACGAACUACCUCCACCGCGUCGCACUCGCCCACUUUUACGCAUCGCUAGCGGGGGCCCCGGGCCUCGACAACGGCACCGUCUCACAGCACAUCCUCCCCACGCUGCGCCUCCUCGCGCAGGACCCGGUUCCGAACGUGCGCCUGAACUCUGCCAAGGCGCUCCUGGCGUUGAAACGGGGCGGGCAUCCGCUGGAUAGUGAACACGAGUCCCUGUUAAAUCGGUUGCGAAAAGACACCGAUGUCGAUGUGCGUUUUGCCGCAUCUGGAGACGGCAUCGUUUGA